AUUUUGCACAUGAUUAAGCUCAGCCACAGAAUGAGAUGGAGGUGCUAUUUUUAGCCGGCUAAGGGAGGAGAGGGAAAGCAGGGAAGCGAGAGAGAAAAGGGGGUGGGGACAAGUCAUUAUUUUCGUGCUGUAGCUGUAGCUGGGGAGAGAUUGGAGAUCACCAGUUGGUUGGAGGCAGCUUGACUAGAGGCAGCGUGGUUGGAGAUCACCAGUUGGUUGGAGGCAGCUUGACUAGAGGCAGCGUGGUUGGAGAUCACCAUUUGGUUGGAGGCAGCUUGAAUAGAGGCAGCGUGGUUGGAGAUCACCAGUUGGUUGGAGGCAGCUUGACUAGAGGCAGCGUGGUUGGAGAUCACCAGUUGGUUGGAGGCAGCUUGACUAGAGGCAGCUUGGUUGGAGAUCACCAUUUGGUUGGAGGCAGCUUGACUAGAGGCGGAGAGAGGGGUGAGAGCAGGCAACGGAGACGAGCAAACGACACCACCUGAAAGACAGAUAAGACACAGGCAUGCGUCCCCGCUCCAGACUCCUGGCUAAGAGGGGCCUACCCACCAUCAGGGAGGGAUAUGAGGAGCUGGUACAGGACAUGAACCAGGCCAACAGCCUCCACCUCCCUCCCCAUGGCCAGGUCCACUCCUCUCUGUCUACCCAGGACUACUUCCUGUCCAUCUGUCAGCUCGCCCGCCCAACCUUCCCCCUGGCCCAACCUGACUGUGACAUCCUCACUGUGAGCUCUAUGGCCUCUCUGAGGCCCUGCCUGAGGCUGCACAGACUGAGGGACCCUGUGCCACUCUGUCAGCCUCUGAUUUCCAACGUCAGCAACCACACACAGUUAGAGCAGGAGGAGAGUCAGAGUGAGUGUAGUGGCCUAGAGAGAGUGGUGAAUGUCAGCUCAGGUCAGACCUCCAGUAGGGUUCUCCCCAGUGUCUCGGACCCCCUAGAGUUAAUCUACGGUCAUGGGGAGGCACUCCUCUUAGCUGCCUGUCGCGCCCCUGACUCACAGGGCUGUAAGGGUGAGGGGAGAGAGAGUGUGACCCAGCGUCGAUCACAACCCCCACUACGCGCCGACAGUUUCCCACGUAUGUGUUCCACGCCUCUGACACAGCACAAAGGCAGCUGCCCUGACCUCUGCCUGAUGGACCCCUCUGACCAAGAGAAGCCAAACCCUGACCCUGCUCCACCACAGACAUCUUCAUCAGACCAGCAGAAACCUGAUGCCUCCAGCUCACUCUCCUGGAGGUUCCAGAACGACUCAGACAGGGCCCCUGCUGGUGUGAGGGGGAAGUGCACUCGCUACAUGGACAAACACACAAUGGUAUCACACUGGAUUGCUGACUGUCGCUCGGCCUGGAGAGAAGCCAGAGUCAGGGUGUGCAUGCUUCCUGCCAUAGCAGAGAUGUAGACGCGUGGAUCAGGUACAACCCUGUAAAGCCCUGCUGAGUAUUGUACAUAAUUGAUCCUUGAUGUACUAUACGACCCACUUGAUUGGUAUGUUUGGACAAUGCAGGCCCAUAUUGCAACAUCUUCUCCUCAAUGAGUUUUCAUACCAGACCUUUUUUUUUAACAGUUUGUAGUUUAAGACAUAUUGUAAACUAGCGUAUGCCUCACAAAAUAUCACAGUCGGUGGAAAGUUGAUCAUGCCUAUGGAAGACAUCAGCGUUAGGGUAGCCUCUGGAAUCCAGGCUUCUUACAGUAGUUGAACGAGACAGGAUUUUGGCAGACUAGUAUUUGGGUGAAUAAAGAUAUGUGGAAAAUAUGCUUACAUUUUCUAAGAGGAUUAUGUACAAAGACCAAUAAUGAAAAAACAUGACAGAUCCUAAUCUUUCCGGUGUAGCGAGUGAGUGAUUCCAUAACUAUCGCACUCCGUUCUUUGCUAAUGAUAACUCUGGUCAAAUCCUGUUUGCAGCUGAAACAGGAAAACCAUUCUACUUCUAGAGUUUCAUAACAAGUGAAAUGGUACAGUGUUAGAAUCAGAGCUGAAGAAAAUGUGAUCCUAUAGCUAGUUCAGGCUCCCUGUAUUAUAUUUAAACUCAGAUUAUUCCCAGUGGUUCUGAAAGUGUUUCUUGUGAUUUCCUCUCACCUGUAUGAUAUAUGAGUUAUGCAAUGACAAAGUAGGUGUGUGCAAAACUGAUCAGUCUAUUUCAAUCUUCCACUUAAUAAAGCCAUGAUGAAAUAGUACAGAUAUGUUCAAUCAUAUCAUGUAAUUCCCACUGAGUGAAACAGCAUGUGAGAUUGUUGUAUUUGACUUUUUGAUUGUGUGUUCUAAUGGUCCUCAAAAUAUAUCAAUUGAAAGACAAUAUUAUCAUUGACUUGUAAAUGGUUGAGAGCGCAGUCAUGCUCCCGAGUGGCGCAGCGGUCUAAGGCACUGUAUUGCAGUGCUAGAGGUGUCACUACAGACCCCGGUUUGUUUCCAGGCUAUGUCACAACCGGCCCGUGAUCAGGAGUCCCAUAGGACGGCGCACAUUGGCCCAGCAUUGUUUGGGUUAGGGGAUGGUUUGGCCAGGGGUGGUAGGCUGUCAUUGUAAAUAAGAAUUUGUUUGUAACUGACUUGCCUGGUUAAAAAACAUUAUUUGAUCAUGUAUAGUAUGGCUUUUGUACCUCUUUCCAUUGUUGACCAGUAAUCUAAUAAAUUAUGUGUUUCA